UAAUUUUAAAUGUUUAAAAAGUUUACACUUGUACAACGAUCAAUAAUAUGAGAAGUAUUAUUAUUAAUAAGGUGUCAAAAUUCAGAAAUAUUGUUAAUAAUUUAGGUAGUUCUUUCUCCUCUCCUCUCUAUAGAGGUUUCGAAACUGUUUUGAUGAUUGUCUGUAAUUUUUUUGACGUUUCUUUAUAUUAGUCAAAAUUUUUUUUAAAAAAAUACUAGUUAUUAUUAAAAUAAAAUACUAGAGUUUUUCUUAACUGUUUUUAGAUAAAUUAAUUACAUUUUUACUUUUAAUUUUUAAAAACUGUAGAGAAAAGAAAAAAAAAAGAACGUUGCCUUUGGGGUCAGUAACCUCCUUCUUCCACUGGCUAAGAUUUGGGGUAGAAUUUAAUCAUAUGUUUUGUUGAAUAUUUUUCAAUUUAAUAAUUAAUAAUUUUGAUUUGAAUCAAUAAACGGUUUAAAAGAAUUUUGGUAUCAAGUUUCAAUUUUUUAGCUUUGAAAAAUUGGAGGGCUGUUGGAAGAAUUCUCGCUUUGUAACUCUAUAUUAGGUUUAAUUUGUUCAGAGGCGAUCAAAGGCUGAACCUUCGUCAAAAUUUCUGAAGUGGGAGGCUGUGAAAACUGAUAGUAGGAAAUGGGUGUUAUCUCCAGACGGGUACUUCCUGUCUGUGGUAGCAUCUGCAUUUUCUGUCCUUCACUGCGAGCAAGGUCUAGGCAACCAGUUAAAAGAUAUAAGAAGCUUCUUACUGAUAUAUUUCCUCGAAAUCAGGAAAUUGAGCCAAAUGAUAGAAAGAUCGGAAAGCUCAGUGAAUACGCAUCAAAGAACUCAUUAAGAGUUCCAAAGAUAUCUGAAUACUUGGAACAGAGAUUUUACAAAGAUCUACGGACUGAGAAUAUAGGGUCAGCGAAGGUUGUGGUGUGUGUCUACAGGAAAUUUCUAUCUUCAUGUAAGGAGCAAAUGCCAUUAUACGCAAGCAGCUUAUUAGCAAUCAUCCGAACUCUUUUAGAUCAAACUUCCCAGGAGGAAAUGCAAAUAUUGGGUUGCAAUGUCCUUGUUGACUUCUUAAAUGUCCAGGUUGAGAGUACAUAUAUGUUCAACAUAGAAGGCCUUGUUCCGAAACUUUGUCAACUAGCUCAAGAAGUCGGGGAUGAUGACAGAUCAUUAUGCCUGCGGUCCGCUGGAUUGCAAGCACUUUCUUCGAUGGUCCGAUUCAUGGGUGAGCAGUGUCACAUUCCAAUGGAAUUUGAUAAGAUCAUAUCAGCAACCUUAGAUAAUUUUGCGGAUGCCCAAGUAACACUGGAAAAUGGCAAUCAUCAUGUGAUAUUGUGUGAACAAGAUCGAUGUAGCCGGUUAUCAAUAAAUUCAGACAAUAAUGGGUCAUCAACCUCUAACAUUUGCAAAGAUUCCCCUUCGUCAGUAGAUAUCCUCAAUAUCAAACAACAGUUAGAGCUGCCGGUAAAUGCUUCAAAACGUCCUUCUUAUUGGUCUAAGGUCUGCUUGUAUAACAUGGCUGGUCUAGCGAAGGAAGCUACAACUGUCAGGCGUGUUCUUGAACCUUUUUUUCAUAGGUUUGAUUCAGAAGACUACUGGUCUCCUGAGAGAGGGCUUGCCGCCUCUGUCUUGAUGUUUAUGCAAGUGGUUUUGGAAGACUCAGCUGAAGAUAAUUCUCAUUUGUUAUUAUCUAUCUUGGUGAAGCACUUGGAUCACAAAAAUGUUGCCAAGCAGCCUCUUAAACAGAUCAGUAUUAUUCAUGUCAUCAGCCAACUUGCUCAAUACAUUAAAAUACAGGCUUCAGUUGCUUUAACAGGUGCAUUAACUGAUCUACUGAAGCAUCUACGCAAGUGCAUGCAAUAUUCAGUGGAAUUUUCUAGCACUGGAAGUGGUGGAGAGAAAUUAAAUGCAGAUCUCCAGUUGGCCUUAGAAAAAUGUAUCUCUCAGCUGUCAUGUAAGGUUGGAGAUGGUGGGCCAAUUCUUGAUAUGAUGGCUGUGGUGCUUGAGAAUGUUUCAAAUAGCAAUAUUGUUGCCCGAACAACUAUCUUUUCUGUUUAUCGCACUGCCCAGAUUAUUUCUUCCCUACCUAAUUUAUCAUAUCACAAAAAGACCUUUCCUGAUGCUUUAUUUCACCAACUGUUGAUUGUCAUGGGCCACCCAGAUUCUGAAACUCGGAUCGGUGCACAUCGUGUUUUGUCUACUGUGCUUAUGCCGUCCUUAAUUUUCCCCUGGUUAGACCAAAAAGAGUUGGCUGUGCAAAGCAGUUUGUGGCCGUCAUCUAACCUUUCAGCUUUAACAACAGAUAGUGUAAGUUCCAUUGACGGAAGUGUAGAGAAAGUACAACCAACAGACUCAAUGAAAAAUAGCCAGAGAUGUAAUGAUGUGAAACAACAUCGAGUUUAUAGUUCACAUAGUAAAUCAUGUAGUUUUAAGAGUGCUAUGACAAAUGGAAAAAUGGAGCUUACUUCACUUAGACUGAGUAGUCAUCAAGUCAGUCUCUUGCUUUCUUCUAUAUGGGUUCAGGCAACUUCUAUAGAAAAUAUGCCUUCCAAUUUCGAAGCAAUGGCCCAUACAUAUAAUAUUGCUUUGCUAUUGACCCGGACCAAGACCUCCAGUCACAUGGCUCUGGUUAGGUGUUUCCAGCUAGCAUUUUCUCUGAGAAGCAUGUCUCUUGACCACGAAGGAGGUCUGCAACCAUCUCGAAGAAGAUCUCUCUUCACCAUGGCGUCUUGCAUGCUAAUAUUUUCAGCAAGAGCGGGCAAUCUUCCAGAGUUGAUUCCCAUUGUUAAAUCAUCUUUGACAAACUUAACGAUUGAUCCGUAUUUGGAAUUGGUUGAAGAUAUCAGACUCCAAGCAGUCAUUGAGAAUACAAAGGCCUACGGAUCAGAAGAAGAUGAUUUAGCAGCAUUGAAAUCUCUUACAGCGAUUGAAUCAGAUGAACAUCAGUUAAAAAAAACUGUCAUAUCUCACUUGAUGUCUAAAUUUGCGAAGUUAUCUGAGGACGAGUUAUCUGGCAUCGAAAAGCAACUUUUACUGGGUUUUUCACCUGAUGAGUCAUAUCCUUUGGGGGGCCCACUGUUUAUGGAGACUCCACAACCGUGCUCCCCGCUUGCGCAGCUCAAUUUUCAAUCUGCUGAUGAGGUGGCUUCUGCAUUUUUUGAUGACGUCGUAAGUGAUGCCAAUGGAAGCCAAUCUGGUCGCAAAACAUCUAUUUCUUCCAAUUCACUUGACAUUCUUAAUGUGAACCAGCUUCUCGAGUCGGUAUUGGAAACAGCUCAACAGGUGGCUAGCUUUCCUGCCUCCACCACCAUAAUAUCUUAUGACCAGGUGAAGGACCAAUGUGAAGCCCUUGUUACAGGCAAGCAUCAAAAGAUGUCUGUGCUCCAAAGCUUCAAGCAACAACUAGAAUCCAAAGCUAUUGUACUUUCCAGUGACACUGAGAUGAAAAGGCCUUCUCUCAUGGAUUUGGAAUUGGAACCUAAUGUAUCUUCGAUGGGCAAAGAACUGAUUCACAGUCAUGAUAAGUUGUACCCUUGCGCGUUGGAAUAUGGGUACCAGUCUUUUCGGUUACCACCUGCAAGUCCCUAUGACAAGUUUUUAAAAGCAGCAGGAUGCUGAGUUGAUCAAUGCUAACUGUGUAUUUAAUGUAUGUAAUAGCAUUAUAGUUACCUUCUCUAUUUUUUACUUCAUUCUUAAUUUGGGUUUUCCAUAAGUGGUCAAUUAUUUCAUUCUUUGUAAUGGAAAGGCAUGUUAUAUAGUAGUAUGUGUUAUGACGUUUUUUGGGUCAUAGUGAUGAAGAACCAUGUUAAUGAGAUGUUGAGAUACUUUCAAGGCUGUUGUGGGAAUAUCAAAUAUAUCCUUCUUUAAAAAGAUACUAUUGAUGUGUUGGAAACAUUAUGCAGAAUUUGAGGAGACAUUUAUAUUAUAAUAUUUGCAUACAACGUUGUAAUCC